UUAGAACAGUAUAAGUAUAUGCAGGACUAAUGAUGGCGGAUUGUUGAGCAGACUGCUGCAGCGCCGGAGGUGAGCUCACGGUAAUAACGGGCACAUAUCAUCUGUCCGGUGUUGGCCCAGUGGUCUGCAGGCUGAGCCAGCUCAGCCCCUCCCCUCCUGCCAGCUCCACUCCACGGUCCUCACUGCAGUCCGCAGUAAAUCCACCGGAGCCCGUCAGAGUGCAGCAGACUGCAGUCUCCAUCACACUCCUGCACCUCCUCCUCCUCCUCCGCCGCCUCCCUGCACUCUCCUGGCAGGUGGAAAGGACACACACGGGGCCGGGACAAUGAUUUUCAUCUCAGCCGUGGCGUUGUUGGCCUUCGCGGUCUCUGCUGAAGGAAGUGUUGGACCGAGUUCCAACACCAGCUUUUGCACCGAGUCAAAGGAAUGUCUGGAAUAUCAGCUGGUCUGCAAAACAGAUGAAUAUGAGGUGCGACACUACAGCCCCACACGCUGGGUGUCAACAGAUGCCGAGGCCUACUUCAUGGGUGUGGGUGCAGCCAUGGCCUUCAGGAGACUUUUCCAGUACAUCACUGGAGCCAAUGAAGGAGGUGUCCAGAUGGAAAUGACCGCCCCUGUCCUGGUUAAGAUCCCGGAGGAGACCAAGAUGUGGGAGCCGGCUAUCUACACGCUCAACUUCCCACUGCCGGCAGCCUAUCAGGAGAAGCCGCCCACGCCAACUAACGACAAGCUCUACUUCACUGAGAUGCCAGAGAUGGAUGUGUAUGUGAGGAGUUACGGAGGCUGGAUGCUGUCAGUCACCUCCAGGCUUCACGCUCACCUGCUGACCAAAGAGCUGGAGAGAGUUCGGGCUUCCUACAACCACAGCUACCACUACGGAGUCGGCUAUGACAGUCCCUUGAAGCUGCUAAACAGGCACAAUGAGGUGUGGUAUGUGGCCGAAGGGGAGCUAGUUUGCACAGAUCCACAGGAGCCGACCCCUGCGCACACACCCCGGCCGACUCAGACCAACUCACCCACCGACUCCUCGUCUGAGCCUCUCCCUCACAUGCUGGCCGAUUCACCCUCCCUCCCUCUCUCCAACGUAUCCUCAAAUAUGACCACCAACUCUUCUUUAAAAAGGUCCCCUGACACACCCACCCUCCCCCCAUCUAACGCCCCACCCAGCCCUUCAUCUAACCUUCCCGCCGACGCCCCGUAUAGCCACCCCCCCACAUCCACCCAGAUCCUGCUGGACCUAACGACCAACUCCUCCAACCCCGCCUCCGUGAGCCCGUCCCUGGAGCCCCAGUCUGACACCGCCCUGUGGAACAGCACAGCCCACAGAUCUCUGGAUACACAAGCUGACAGUAACCCUGUGGUGGAGCCGGAAGACGCUCACUAGCAACUCGGUUUAAGCAGCUGUUCCAGGUAUAUUAACAUGGAAUCUAAAUAGGAAAGAAGCAGUGGAGGUGUUGCAGAAAAGUGAGUGAAAUUGUGAUAGAUGGACAAGCUGUUCUCUUCCUCCUUAUCUCUCUAUUCCUGUGUAUUACACGUACUGCUUCUUAUGGCACUUAGUGUUUAACUCUAUGUUCUAUCACAGCUUUGCACCUGCAGCUUCCUGUAACGGCAAACACAUGUCUGUCCACUUUGUCCUUCUGAGCCUCUCACAAAGCUGCAUCAUAGAAUUAAGUAACAUUGUAUGUAUUAGUUAGAAAGUUAGAUUCCAAGUGUUGAUUGACCCAGCUGAAGCCGAAGCUGAAGGCAGGGAUAGACACUGUUUAACAUCAGUGUAACCCUAAAGCUAACUUAGCAGUCUGUCUGUAGUUGGUAAGUAAAGUGUAUGCUGGGACUAACAGUAGUAGGCUGAUAUAUCAGAGGAAACUUAACAAUCAUAAUGUGUUUAAGCCAUUAUUGUCAAUGAACUUUGAUGCUGUAAGUAGUGAUUCUUCUUUUUCAACCAUAAACUCCUACUAGCUUCUACUCUCUGUUUAACUUUGUGUCAGUUAGUUUCAUGAUAUAUGUGGCAACAUAUUGGUGAAUCAUUAUAGAGUCAGCGUUCACAUUCAUUGGGAUCUUUAGAGCAGCCUUAAACCUCAGAACUAAUACUGUACGAGUUUAAUAAAUAUUUGCCUUUUCCCCAGUAUUGGUGCUCAAAAAGUGCCUGUAAAAAAUAUUGGCCUUGUGUUUUUGCUAAACUUAUUAUCUCAGUAUUUGAAAUCAGUACAAUUAUACAAGCUGUUUGAUUAGAUGUGUUAGGCCCCUAGAAUUCAAUCAUCACUUUUAUUACAAUAUUAUAAACGUGGAUUGAGACAUAAAAGAUUUUAAAAUAGUAUGCUGUGUACCAGAAAGUGGCUUGUAGCAAUAAAUAUAUUAGCACCUUUGAAUCCACACAAUUCCAAACCUAAGUGUAAAAAUAUAAUAUUUACAACAAUUAUUUUUUCUUUCAGUGAACUUAAACCAAAAUGUUUCUUAAAUCAAUAUAUCACCUGUCAUUUAUUUUUGUUUCAAACAGAUACAAAACAGAGAUAUGCAUAUAUGAACUCUGAUCCAUUUGAGUAAACCAUCAGUGGCAUCAAGAUGGCAAGAAUAUCUAAACAAUGCCAGACUCUUAAACUUUACAAAUGUUAUGAGGUAGGAAAUACAUUCAACAUAAUGUCAGGCAGAAUGUUAACAAAACUGUUUUUUACAAGGAAAUCCCACAGGGUACCUUUUGUCUUGCUUUUGCACUGUGCAAAGUAAGGCCCUAAUUUAAUUCUGCCCUAAAACUGAAUCCUGAACACCACAGCAAUCCCCAGUCUGAAUGAAGGUGGGAAGGACUGCCACAAAGAUCCCAAAGAAUCACACCUGAUCAGCCAAUGCAAUACGACUCACAUCAGUUAAUAAAUCUAUCUAUGAGUCUUUGAGCUACAUACUGUGUGUUCUGAGGAAGGUGCAAUAAAAAACAUAACAAAC